AUGUCAUCUUGCGCAGGACAUAGCAGCAGCAACUACCGACUUGUGGCCAUCGAUAGCAAACACUCUCUUAGUGCCUUGGAGAAGCUCAAGCUCUUCCGGCCAUGCGCCAGCUCCGCGCUCGAAGAAGACCGAACCCCAACACUUGUCGGAGAAGCCUUCACUGUUGCAACCACUACAUUACGAGCCCCCAGUUCCCGAAUUCAUGCGAGCGGCCCCGAUGUCGUCACUACGCGCAGCCGAGAAGCUGCUGCGAAUAGAAACCCCAGCAGUGCCAGUGCUCAAAAUGCCUACUACCAGGCCCUUUUGAAGGCAAAUAUGCCUGCACUCGUCGUUGAGAGAUAUCAGUCAGGUCGAUUUGCACGCAAUGAUGCAAUUGACGAGGCUUAUCACCGUGCAUUACUGUCGAUGAACAGCGGCGGUGAUGUCGCAGCUACAGGAGCUGGUGAAAACAAUCUUGCCAACCACCCAAGUGGAUUAACCCCAACCCAACUCCAAGCCGUCAGCCAAGCACUCGCCGCGCAAUCCAAGGGAUCCAACAUCGCAAUAGCAAAGGGGACUCAAGGCACUGGUACAAAGGACGGCCCGAUACAUGUUGUCGUUGAUGAAUCCAUUGGCGGGGUCUUCUUCCGCUGGAUCAAGUUUGUCCUAUGGUUCUGCCUCUUCACCUACCUAAGCUUGGUUGUUGUCACUAUGAUGAUUGACGGUCUGAACACAUUCAAACGGACUGGAGGUCGUCAAGACAGUGAGGUAAAACCCGAAAACCAAACAACGCGAUUUUCCGAUGUCCACGGCUGCGAUGAGGCGAAGGAGGAGUUACAGGAGCUUGUCGAGUUCCUACGCAAUCCUGACAAAUUCUCAACUCUGGGAGGAAAAUUGCCCAAAGGUAUUUUACUAGUUGGACCUCCUGGAACCGGAAAGACCCUUCUCGCUCGAGCUGUCGCUGGGGAGGCUGGUGUUCCGUUCUUCUACAUGUCUGGUAGUGAAUUUGACGAGGUCUACGUUGGUGUUGGAGCCAAGCGUGUUCGAGAUCUUUUUACCUCGGCAAAAUCGAAGUCGCCCGCUAUCAUCUUCAUUGAUGAAUUGGACGCCAUAGGAGGCAGGCGAAACGCUCGAGAUGCCGCAUAUGUCAAGCAAACACUCAACCAGCUGCUGACUGAACUUGAUGGCUUCGAACAGAACAGUGGUGUCAUCAUCAUUGCCGCUACCAAUUUUCCGCAGCUCCUUGACAAGGCUUUGACACGACCUGGUCGUUUCGAUCGCCACGUGCAAGUUGACCUUCCAGAUGCUCGUGGCCGCCUAGCUAUUCUCCAGCAUCAUGCUAAGAAGAUCAAGAUGGCAACGGGCAUUGAUCUUCAGGCCAUCGCGCAGACAACCCCAGGCCUCUCAGGUGCUGAACUUGAAAACAUUGUUAACCAGGCCGCUGUCCACGCAAGCAGGUCGAAGGCCGAAUCCGUCACGGUGAAGGACUUUGACUGGGCUCGAGACAAGGUGCUGAUGGGAGCUGAGCGAAGAAGCAUGGUAAUCUCGCCAAAGGAGAAAGAAAUGACAGCUUAUCACGAGGCUGGCCACGCCUUGGUCAGUUACUUCGCCAAGGUGCAACCCAGGAAACUUUACAAGGUCACCGUGCUACCGCGAGGUGGUAGUCUCGGUCAUACAUCCCAACUCCCCGACAUGGACCGCUAUUCUCAGAGUGCCCAGGACUUCUUGGCCAUGAUCGAAGUCUCCCUCGGAGGCAAGGUAGCUGAAGAGAUCGUCUACGGCAGCGACAUGGUGACAUCCGGCGUCUCAAGUGACCUGCAAAAUGCAACCGCGAUAGCGUAUCAAAUGGUUGCGGCGUUCGGAAUGUCUUCGAAGCUCGGGCCCAUGGAGUAUCAACGGAUGUAUGAGCAACUCAGCUCAGAGACACGUGCCCAGGUUGAGUCUGAAGUACAAAGAACUCUCACAGAAGCAUAUGAGCGGACGAGGCAGCUUCUGCUUGCCCGACGUUCAGGCUGCCUGCCAUAUGUCUCACACUUCUUGCCUGGCUGCGCAGUCUGCGUGUUCUCCCAUUUCAGCUCCAAGAUGGCGGACAAGGCGAAGGAGCGGCUGCACGCUAUCGGCAAACAGCUUGCACCUGCAACCGUCGAGGAUGGCACAUAUGAGGGCAUCCCACGCAUAAAGCAGGUUGCUGCAGCAUCCGGUGGCCCGCGAGUACAGGGCAAAGUAGUCAUUAUAACAGGAGCCAACUCGCUCCUCGGCAUUGGUCGAGCCUCGGCGCAUCAGUUCGCCCAGAAUGGCGCGAAGGCAGUGUACAUUUGCGAUUAUGACGAUGAGUAUCUUGGCUUUCACGAACGUGAGAUCAAGUCAUUGUACCCGGACGUAAAUGUGCACACGAGGAAGUUUGACGCUGCCGACGAGAAGGCGGUAAAGGCCGUGAUAGACGACGCCGUCCAACAAUAUGGACGAUUAGACGUCUUCUUCGCCAAUGCCGGCAUCAUCGGCCCACACUCUGUAUUCACAGACGUCGACGAGGAGGACUUCAUGCAGGUCUUGAGAGUCAAUACCCUCGGGUGA